AAGAGAAUCAAAUGAACAUAGCAUUCAUUUUGAAGCUUCAGAAUUGGUCAUCCCAUCAAUUGCCAUGGGUUUCUAAAUGCUUUUUAUUUAUUUUAGGGUUUGGAUGUUGGUGUGACAAGAAACAUGGAUUUUUUCAGACUGGGGCUUUUUCUUCUGAUGAUGAAGGGAGUGGCCGCUCAGGUGCAACUAGAGCCUCAAAAUGCAGCUGUCCUCCGCGGUUCACAAGCUCGUUUUAACUGCAGCACAUCUCUGCCCCCAUCUGUCAUGACCUGGAUGGUCAACGGACGCUUAGUUCUCACCAUUAUGGGAACGGGGGUGUUGAACAGUAUGGAACGUUUUUCUGCCAGAAAUCUUACCACGCCUGGAAAUUUUAAGUGGGAGUUUAUUAUAAGCACUGUACAGAGAGAUGAUGCUGGUGAAGUCACCUGUCAGGUUUUGGGUGGGGACCCUCGAAUGGCAAAACUGUCUGUACAAGAACGUGGUAGUGUGGAGAUUAUAGGUGGAAAUCGGACUGAAGUGCAAGGAGUUCAAAUGGAGUUCCAGUGCCAGGCCGUGGGCUGGUUUCCAGAGCCCAACAUGUCCUGGUCCAUAAAUGGGCUGUCAGUGGGAAACUGCAAUAGCAGCUCUAUAGCUCAGGGAAAUCUGUUUAACUCCAACUGCUCGUUGAAGCACACAGCAGUCAUAAAUUCUUCUAUCCAGUGUUUUGCCACAGUUCCUGCCCUGAGUACACCAGAAAGCAGCACUGUCUUUCUUACAGUUGGUUCCAUAGUCAAAGCCACUGUAAGAGACCAGACGAUAUUGAUCGCAGUCACCGUGGCCAUCAGUGCUGCUGCUCUCCUGUAUCUUCUCAUCAUUGGAAUUAUUUUAUGCCGCAAGAAGAGUAAGAGAAAAAAAUCAAAUUACCAAGAGGAGGUCAGGAGGACACAAUCACAGAACAGGAUGCCAGAAAAUAUGAGAGGUAGGGACAACCGGGGAUACAUCACAGAUGGACGUGGUGGUGAGACUCCAGUAUAAACAAACAAACACAUCUUCGGGAACGCCGCUCUGCACAUUUCAAGUACGAGACACCAGUGGUGGCAUCUGACACACAAACUAUUCUAACAAACAUCAGAUGCCCAGUGCAAAAAAUGGCUUUUAUGAAGAUGAUCUAAGCAGUCACAUGCAUGCAACCAUCGUUUAGAGUCUAAAACUGACUAAGGAACAUUUAUGUUGGAAUUUAGAGUCAGUAGAAGCACAUAUGAUGUUAUUGUACAUAAAAUUAUAAUUGUAAGUGUAAUUACAGAAGAGAGCCGAUGGACUGCAAAAUCAUAUGUGCAGUGGCUGGAAAUACUAGCACACACUGUGAUCUUCAUCUGCACAAAAUUAUUUAUUGGCUUUAUUGGGAAUAUAUUAAAUACGGUGGCACCAAAAAGUAUUUGGACAUUUAAGCCUUACUGAAAAAUGUAUGAUUUUAUUUGGAUUAUAUAACAAAAUAUCAAACCAGAUUUUAAUAUAGCACAAACACACUUAACAUUUCACAAAAUAAAUUUGUUAAGUUUCAAACGAUAAAACAUUAUAUAUAAUAUUCAAAAUGGAAAUAAAACAUAUUGACAUACUUUCUGGUCGUGAAACUUGGAAUAUAUCCAUAGUUAAAGUUGCUAAAUUAACUAUGCCUGUAGUUACCUAGGCAUAAACAUGAACUUUCAGGUAACAGACUUCAUGCAUUCACUAACAAUGAACAUGGCACCAGUUGGUUAAAAGUAGGGAUGCUUCGAUACCAUUUUUGGAGAAUGCGUACCAGUACUGAUAGUUCUUUUUGAUACUUGCUGUAUAAAUCGUAUGCUUCUCUUUUGUUUUAUUUUUUCUGAAUUCCAUAUUCAAAAGUUUAUUUCAAUUUUAUCAUCAAAAUGGGGUAUAAAUAAAUAAAUAAAUUAAAACUGUAAUCAAAGGAAAAUAGAACAUAAUUUCAAAAUAAUGUUGUAAUAUUUUUAUAAAAUGAAGAGCUUUUAUACAGAACCUCACAGCACAAUUCAAAAUAUAACACUGGAGUUAAUUUUGUCAAAUAAAGUGCUUCACAACAGAGCAUCACAGAUGUGAGAUAUUGCUUAAAUAUAAGACAAUGAUAUUGAUUUAUUAUUAUUAUUAUUAUUAUUAUCAUCAUUAUUAUUAUUAUUAUUAUUAGUAGUAGUUUAACAGUGAGUGAAUAUUACAUAACUAUAUUAUUGAUACAUUUAUGUCAAACUUUUUUCCAUUUAAAUUGAGGUUUUAAUUUGGCGGAAGCUUUUAUUUGAGAGUGAAGCCCUUUCUGUUUCUGUGUUUUUUUGAUGGUAGCUUCUCACCUCCUGAAAAGCAGGUCGCAACCUGACCCAGUGUGAUUAUUAGACCGCAAAAGGCUGCUAUAAGUAUGUAGUCUGUAUGUGUUGCACGCUAAAAUGUGAAUUAGUGCUCUGCUUGCUGUCAUCUGCUACAAACAGAGCUUGCGAUGCUCAUGAUGGUGUUUUAGAGCUCCUUUGUAUGAGCAGCUGGCUUCACAUUUACAUUCAAACUUUCUUAAAACAAGAUCUAUUCAAUUUAAAGCAUGCAGCACAUGCAAACUACAGUAUAUAUUUAUCUCAUUAAAUCGCAGCCUUUGCAGUUUGAUAAUCACACUAGGAAAUAACGUGAUUUUAAUUUGUGCGCUGAAUGUUUAUGCAAUGGCAUUCGUACAUCAGAUGGUAUCGGUUUAUGGUAUCGGAGCAUUUUUACAAGCAUGAGUACAAGUACAUGUGCGCAGUAUUGGGACAUCCCUAGUUAAAUGUAAAUGUAAUAAUUUCUCAGAAGAGUGAAGUUCUGAAAAAAGGUGUAACAUUAUUUGUUUGCAAGAGCCACUUGAUUUCAUAUUUUGUUUCCAAAGCAAUGAAAUUCAUACAUUUUUAAGAGCACCUUAAGAGUUUCCAAAUGCUUUUGGGGGGCCAAUAUAUAUUAUGUUUUAGAUUAGUUUUUUUCUACCUGUGAUCCAGUUUUUCCAGAAAACUUUGGAAUUGUGUAUUACAUACUGCAUAUUUUUUGUUGCCAAUGUAUGUUUGAACUUAUGAACUCACAUUUUUUAGUCUUUGGGCUUUAACAUGCCAACAUGCCAGAUCAGCUUGGACAAACUGAUGGCGGUGGAGGGCCUGAAGAUCUGCUGGAAGUCAUCCGUGUCCUCAUUUUACGAAACAAAUCCUCUGGUGUCGGGUCAUGGUCAAAUCACAUCACAUCCUUAUUUACCAAUAUCACUGUACAUCCUUAUAUGGGCAUACUGCUUUCAUCAGAUGCUUGCAUUGCAACAGCAGGUUUGACUGUAACAACUUCCCUUUUUAUAGAUGCUCACAAUUAAAACGGAUUAUUCAUGAGAAAUGUUUAAAGAGGACCAUCGAAUGUGACACAUCAUGCUUCAUGGAGCAUAACGCACUUAAACAGUUCAUCUAAAUCACUGAUUCUUCUCCACAGGGUGAAAAUUGUUUAGACUGCAAAAUGACAUUAUUUAUAAAGUAAAGUGCCAUGAAACUAGGGCGGAUCCCUGUGCUGCUAAUUAAUCAGUCAAGCAAUUAAUCACUUGGUCAAUCAAUACUAUCUAUUUUAAAUUAAUCUUACUAAGUCCCUUCUAUUCAUGAGCACUUUUCCUCACAUUUAUAUGGCACUAAAAUCCAUAAAAUCUUACAGUUCUGAGCCUUUUCUCCCAGUUAAAUGUUCUUUAAUUAACCAAUUACUGGUUAACCAAUUAUAACCAAGGUGUUCUAAGACGGGUUGGUUUGAGUUCAGCUAGCUCUAAGUUGUAUUGUGUAUGCAUUUUAAAAAAAACUUUUCCAAAGAGCAAUUCAUUAUUUUUACAUAUUUAUGUAUGACUAUAUACUGUACAGUAUAUUCAAAUGAAUUCAGCAAUAAAUACAUUUUUUGA